UUGAUUUCCUGCAUCGACAAAUAGCGAGAAUUUAAAGGUCGGUGGUUGUGAAAGGCACUGUGUGGCUGUUACUUCCCUCCUUCUCUAAUGCUGUCCGGUGCUCUCCGCUGUGUGCGUCCCACCAUUCACACAAUUGCCUUAUCCCGACAGUUGGCUCAUUUUCGGCCGCAGAUGGAAGCUGGAGGUAACCGUCCCGUGGAGACUGCCAUACGGACAAAGCUGACCCAGGCCUUUCAGCCUGAGCACAUGGAGGUUCUGAACGAGAGCCAUAUGCACGCUGUGCCCCCAGGCUCCGAGUCCCAUUUCAGGGUGUUGGUGGUGAGCACACAGUUUGAGGGCCAGUCCCUGUUGCAGCGACACCGGAUGGUAAAUGAGGCUCUGCGGGAGGAGCUCAGUACCUGCGUCCACGCCCUGGCCAUCCAGGCCAAAACGCCCCAGCAGUGGGGGAGUAACCCCAGCCUGGCCAAGAGCCCACCUUGCCUCGGUGGAUCUAAGCAUGACAGCACUGUGGCUGAAAAACUCAAGGCUGGAAGAGACUGAUUCCUCCGUCGUCCUGUAUUGACAGCUCUUAGGUGGCUGAUCUCUGACGUGAUACCGUAGAUUCCUGUGUGACCCGUUUGGGUUUUCCCUCAGUUCAGAAUCGUUUCCUCUGUAUGAUAGCUGAAAGACAAACGGAUAGAAUUCACCCACCAAAAAUAAAGUGUUGCUGAAAUGACCUAAAAAUGCAGUAUGUGUUAGAAAAGCUACUAACAUGCAAAGCAUCGCAGCAGAACAUUCUGGAAUCAUGAUUUCAGCCAUCACCCUGUGUUCUCUUUAGGAUUCAGUUGGGGUUUUUUUUGUCCCAUGAAGUCAGGUAUGGUAAAAGAGAAAGAUUCUUAUGCUGUAACAGAUGAAAAUCGAAUCAGAAGAAUUCUAACUAAACUAAACCUUUCUUUCCUCUUUGAAGAGGGCU